CGAGUCUCAUCCUUCUGCGGUCACCAAGAUGAAGCUCGUAAGGUUUUUGAUGAAGCUGAACAACGAGACUGUGACCAUCGAGCUCAAGAACGGCUCAAUUGUUCAUGGCACAAUCACUGGUGUUGACAUGCAGAUGAACACACAUUUGAAAACAGUCAAGAUGACUGCUCGUAACCGUGAUCCCACGUCUCUCGACUCCCUGUCGAUCCGCGGUAAUAACAUCCGUUACUUCGUCCUACCGGAUGCGCUGCCGCUCGACACAUUGCUCGUCGAUGAUGCACCCAAGCCGAAGAACCGGAAGAAAGACGAGUCGCGUGGUCGUGGAGGACGAGGCAGGGCUCCAGAGAGGGGAGGCCGUGGCCGCGGUCGUGGUCGUGGUCGCGGCAGGGGUUUUUAAAGGAUAUUGAGCUCAUGCCGCACGAUGCAUCGUGCACUGAAACAAUCAUGGCUUCGUUGCCUCUCGUUCCUGUCAACGCCUGUAUGUCAAGGCUGAGCUUCGUAGCUGCAGCCUGUAAAAGGGGAGCGCAAUACUCGUCUUGUCAAUUGUUGCAUCGGAGCUAUCUUUGCACUACCCGCAGCUUUGUGCUGUCUCCAAGUUUCC